GUCUUACAUAGUGUACAUGGGAUCACAAGAGCAUGGUGAAGAAGUCACAGAUGCUGCUUUUGAUCGAGUUGCAGAAACUCAUCGUGAGUUCGUUCAAUCCUAUGUGGGAAGUCCUCAGAAAGCGAAAGAAGCAAUAAUAUACUCUUACACAAGGCACAUCAAUGGCUUUGCUGCCAUGCUGGAAGAGGAAGAGGCUGCUGAUAUUGCAAACGUUGUGUCAGUUUUCUUAAACAAAGGAAGAAAAUUACACACUACUCAUUCGUGGGAAUUCAUGGACCUGGAAAUGAAUGAUGGGGUAAUUCCCUCUGAUUCACUGUUUAGAAAGGCCAGAUAUGGUGAAGAUACUAUUAUUGCCAAUUUUGACACUGGUGUAUGGCCUGAAUCCCCGAGCUUUAGUGAUGAGGGGAUGGGACCCAUACCAUCAAGGUGGAAAGGAACUUGUCAACAUGAUCACACCGGCUUCCCUUGCAACAGACAAAAAAAAAAACUGGCUUUUGUUAAUGUCCUUCAAGUAAGAAAAAUGCAGAGAGAAGAUAGAAAUAUCAGCUGCAAAUGCUGCAGUUGUUUCUUAAGCGCAAAAUCUAACCGUACACUGAGCACAGCACGAGACUAUGAGGGUCAUGGAUCUCACACACUAUCAACAAUAGGAGGAAGCUUUGUUCCUGGGGCAAAUGUGUUUGGCUUGGGAAAUGGAACUGCCGAAGGUGGAUCUCCUAGGGCUCGGGUUGCUACUUACAAGGUGUGCUGGCCACCAAUUGAUGGCAAUGAGUGCUUUGAUGCUGAUAUCAUGGCAGCCUUUGACAUGGCCAUACAUGAUGGUGUUGAUGUUCUUUCCCUCUCUGCUUUUGAACUCCACAAUGGACAGCACUUCAAGGUUUUAUUUUAUUUGUGUUAUUCAUCAUAUACUCUCUGUAUGCGAGGAACAAUUGACCCUGAGAAGGCGAGGGGCAAAAUAUUAGUUUGCCUUAGAGGUGUCACUGCAAGAGUGGAAAAGAGCCUGGUUGCUUUGAAGGCUGGUGCAGCAGGGAUGAUUCUUUGUAAUGACGAGCUUAGUGGUAAUGAGCUUAUUGCUGAUCCUCAUCUCCUGCCUGCAUCACAAAUUAAUUAUGAAGAUGGUCUAGCUGUCUAUGCCUACAUGAAUUCAACCAAGAAUCCGCUAGGAUAUAUUGAUCCUCCCAAGACCAAGUUGCAGAUAAAGCCUGCUCCAUCCAUGGCAGCUUUCUCCUCUAGAGGGCCCAACAUAGUCACACCAGAGAUCCUCAAGCCUGAUGUCACUGCUCCCGGUGUGAACAUUAUUGCUGCCUACUCAGAAGGGGUUAGCCCAACAGAUAUGGACUUUGAUAAGCGCAGGGUUCCUUUUAUCACCAUGUCUUGUCCUCAUGUGGCUGGAGUUGUUGGCCUUCUCAAGACUCUCCACCCUGACUGGAGUCCAACAGUUAUUAAAUCUGCAUUACUGACAACUGCUAGAACAAGGGACAACACUGGUAAGCCAAUGCUUGAUGGGGGGAACAAUGCUAACGCAACGCCAUUUGCCUAUGGAUCUGGCCACAUCAGACCAAACCGUGCCAUGGAUCCCGGGUUGGUGUAUGACUUAACCAACAAUGAUUACCUAAACUUUCUUUGUGUCUCUGGCUAUAACCAUAGUCAGAUAGAGAUGUUCUCUGGUGCUCAUUAUCGUUGUCCCGAUAUAAUAAACAUCCUGGAUUUUAACUACCCUACAAUAACAAUACCAAAACUCUACGGCUCAGUUAGUUUGACACGGAGGGUGAAAAAUGUUGGGUCACCAGGCACUUAUACUGCAAGACUCAAAGUACCAGUAGGUCUUUCCAUAUCUGUGGAACCUAAUGUGUUAAAAUUUGACAACAUUGGUGAAGAGAAGAGCUUUAAGCUGACAGUGGAAGUUACAAGACCAGGUGUGGCUACUACAUUUGGAGGUAUAACAUGGUCAGAUGGCAAACAUCAAGUGAGGAGUCAAAUUGUAGUUGGGGGAGUUAGAGGGUAGAUCAUCAUCAACUGAUACACAUUAUUAGGAUGACAUCUUUUUUUCUUUUUCUGGUUUAUAUUAUUGGGAGAUCGGGAAAAGGGAAAUGCAUAACUUGGAAUUGUUGGUUUCGUCAUUUUCUGUUGAUUAGUUACUCUAACUUGGAAGAACUGCAAUUUGUGAAUUUGAGAACAAAAUAAAAAAAAAAAUUGUAACAAACAAAUGUUCAUUCAUUGUUUAGUGUCACUCGAACUUCUCAUGCAUGUCAUACAUAGACUUGUGUUAUUGAGCUGUAAAUGGCUUCAUUGUAUUUUAUCAUCUGUUCAGAAAGAGUAAGUACCAAUUUUGGUUUGCAU